UCCGACGUAGCAGUAAAGACAAAAACUUCAAACCUUGUCCAGCAUGGGUUUUAUCGCGGAUCGCUUCGACCUGGAGAAGCAGGUGACAUUCUACCUGUCCUACCAUGACAACAAGAUCAAUCAGUACAUCCAUCUGGCUUGCAUCUGGCCCAUUUUCGUGUCUGGACUCAUGAUCCUCGCGCACACGCAGCCGCUAGCCGAGACGCCAACGCUUCUGGCAUCGCUCCCCUACGGCGAUUUUAUGCUGCUGAACUACUCAGCCGUCAUGGCAGGCAUCUAUAUGCUCUGGUACAUGGCGCUGGACAUCUACGCCGGCACAUUGGGAGCCGCCAUCAUCUCUGUCUGCUUCGUCUUCGCCAACUACUUCGUCGUUGAGGGCGCCAAGGCGAUGAACAUGCACAGUAUGCAUGUGGCAUUGGCCAUCCACGCCACGGCCUGGAUCCUUCAGUUUAUUGGCCACGGCGUCUUCGAGCGUCGCAAACCGGCGCUCUUCGACAGCCUGGAUCAAGCCCUGAUCACGGCUCCGAUGUUUGUGCUGCUUGAGAUCCUGUUCCCUCUAGGCUACCGUCCGGAACUUUACCAACGCGUGAUGAAGCAGGUCCGUAUCAAUGUCAAGAACUUCCAGGCUACGAAGACGCUCUAAGGCAACGACGCAGCUACUAUCGUCAUCAAAAAUAUAUUGUUUCAUCAAAUA